GUCUGAUACCUCGCUUGGUAUAGCUUGGUCCUCAUCGGGACCCUUAGUGCACGUGACGAUCAGCUGACUCCAAUCGGAAGCUUUCAGGAAGCAGACUGUAAAAAUAAACACAUCUUCACACACAAAACUUGACUUGGCAGUUAUUUACGAUUGAUAAUAAUGGAGUCGACCCUCGAACAGCACCUCGAUGAUACCAUGAAGAAUCCAGCAGUUGUCGGUGUGCUCUGCACGGAUCAACAAGGACACAAUCUGGGCUGCCGCGGCUCCCUGUCUGAUGAACAUGGCGGUGUUGUGUCAGUUUUGGCCAAACAAGCUGCAACUCUCAUCAAAGACCCAACAGAUAGUCCGACAGUUUGCCUGGAGUCUGAGUCAGGAAACAUUCUGGUGAGGAGUCAUGGGACCAUCACAGUAGCAGUUCACAAGAUAGCAUCUUGAAGACAACACAACGCUGGGGAGUUUUUUUUAUGUAAAAAAAUGUACAUGUAAGGCACAGAAGUAUAAUCACACAACCUGGUUGAACUUUAAAAAGAUCUUCAGUUUGCAAGAGAAAUCUGGAGUUUCCACAUGUCUGUUGUGUUUUCAGCAGAUCCCAUAUUUAAACCAGAACAUGCUUACCAAUUUUCAAACACUUGCAGUGAGAUUCCCAUUUUUUAAAUAUAUAGUAUAAAUAUAUUCACCAAUCUGUCAGUAAUGCAUUAAUAAAAAAGGCCUUUAACAUGUUAUUUCCAGCCAUGUUAAUACUUGUUUUUAGUUGUUAUUAUCCAUGUCCUUCAAUUCAAGGCACUCAUGCACACAGAACAACCCUUAAUAAACUUCAA